AUGUCAAAGUUUUCGCUAUUCCUUCUCACAUUUCAACUUCUGCUCUGCUACGCGUUGGGCGAUCACGAUCACGAUCACGAUCACGAUGACCACGACGAUCACGACCACGACCACGACGAUCAUCACGUGUACUCGCUGAGCACCAAACGUUACUCCUCCCAGGAUCGAGAAGAGUCUCUAGAUUUUGCCUUCUUGCUUCUGGCGAUUAUCACAAUCGCUGCCAUUAAGAUAGGCUUCGGGUUGGCUCCACGAUAUUUCCGAGGAGACCCGCGUAUCCUCAGUCUUGCCAACUCCUUCUCAGCAGGCGUCUUCUUGGCAUGCGGCAUCGCGCACCUGCUGCCUGAGGCCGUGCACGAGUUCUCCUCCCUCCACCUGCUGCAGGACCUCCUGUCACCGGAGAAGGGAGCGUUCAUCUGCUGCGGGAUCGGCUUCCUCCUGACGUUGCUGCUCGAGAAGGUGCUCAUGAAGCGUCCUCCAUCCAAGGACCAGGCCGACGAUGAGGAGAUGACUUUGCAAGGCGAGGACGAGAGCAAAGUCAAAGCACACGUGCACAGCCAUUCCUUCGACCCUGAGCUGCCGUUGCUCCCUCUCAUCCUCACAGUGGUGCUUUCCUUCCACUCCUUCGUGAGCGGGUUGGCUCUCGGGGUGCAGUCGGACGCACACAAGGCUUUCCUCCUCUGGCUCGCCAUCGUCCUCCACAAGUGGGUCGAGGCGUUCUCGCUCGGCGUCAGCUUCGUGCGUGCUGGCACCUCCCUCAGCUCGACGAUGCGCUUCCUCUGCGCCUUUGCUGCGUCGUCGCUCCUGGGGAUCGUCGUGGGAUGGACCCUCCACAAGUCAGCCCCGAAGAGCUCGACGCGGGCGAUGACAGCAAUUUUGGACGGCAUGGCCUCGGGGACGUUCGUCUACAUCGCUGCGGUUGAUUUGAUUGUGGAGGAGAUGUCAGUAGCGUACAACGUCACUGCCAAGUUCUUCUCUAUCGUGGGAGGAUUCUUCACUUUCGUCAUCCUCUCCUCUCACAGCCACUGA